AUGGAAGCGCCAGAUUACGACUACCAACAAAUACCUUCUUCAUUAUCUCCUCUGGCUCCUGCUAUGUCUUCCGCAACUAAUACUCAUCUCCCUUCUAACAAUGUAAACAUAUCCUCAGCCCAACCCUCACAACAACCUCCAAACUCAUUAGACAACCUACAAAACACCCCUCUAUUAAUGGUAGACUCUCAAUCUCAAGUUCUCGUUAUGGGCACCACUCCUACUCCUCUUCCGCAUCCUUCUCAAGUCUCAACACAACCUACAGUUCAAAUGUCAUCAAUAGCAAAUGAAGUAUCUAAUAGCGCAUCUGACCUGGCCGCUACUAUAUCAAUGCCCGUAUUGGUCGUCAAUUCGGCUCAACAAAAUCAACAACCUAUCAUGCCCGCCGAUCCACAACAACCUAUGGUUAUUCUAAUAGACGGAGCUCCUCAGAAUGCACAGCAAUCACCACAAACAGUACAAGUUACGACUAAUGAACAAGUUGCUUUAAUAGUAGACCCUUUUCGUCUUACUGAACCCAAUGGACAUAUGGACAUGAACAUGGCUAUGGCAAACAACAACCAAUUAACAGACAUGUCUCAUCAAGCCAUACAUAACGCUGCUACUGCAAAUCAACCUCAAUCGUCUCCUAUACAAAACGAAUCACAUGCUAUCAUGCAGGUGACAGAUGCACUAGUGAGAGCAAGCGAUCAAUUUGAAGCCGCCAAGUACAAAGUUGCCCGAGCCGAACUAGUUCAACAAGCUCAGUUAGUUCAGCAGGCUCAGUCCCAGCUGCAAGUUCAUCCUGUCGAUAUUGUACAGGCACAUCAUCAAGUAAUACAGGCGAAAGCAGAAUUCGUGCAGGCCCAGAAUCAAGUAAUACAGGCACACGCGGACUUCACUCAAGUAGCCGAACAAGCAGUUCAAGCAGCACAGGCAGUACAAGCAGCACAGGCACAGGCUCAAAUUCCUCAAUCUCUUCCUGCUCAAGCUCAACCGCAACAUCAAACACAGCCAUUAGGUUCUUCACUAGUCACUGACGAAGCCCGCGAAAUUCAUCCUUCUCAACCUCCACCAUCUGACCUUUCUACAUCUUUUACCACUACUUCUGCUGGGACGUCUCCGAAUGCGCCACCUCCGUCAGCACCCAUCCAACCUGUAGUUCCCUCAUCUCAGCAAAUUGUUGAUUCUUUAUCCUUUACCGAAUCUUCUCAAAUUGCUUCAAUGGCCGACUUGCAACCAGUGAAUGCCCCUCUAGCCGUUCAACCGGAAACGCUAACACCUCAACAGCUUGGAGAUCUGAUUCAAGGCAAUCCCCAUCUCAUUCAGGCAGCUAACCCACAAAACAACAACACGAUUACACCAAAUACGGCGGUCAUAAUGCCUAAUCCGAACGAGAUGUUGGGUCAAUCCAUGAUCAACGCAUCGACUCCCAUAGUAUCAGAUCCUAGAGGACCGCAGCAACGACAGGGAAUUGAGCAUAUAAUGACUAUACCUGGUAUGGAUAAUACGAUCAGUGUUCAACAUAUGCAAUUGAACGACUCCACCCAUACAGGGUUGCCCACCCUGCAUUUUGCGUCGUCGGCUGGUUUGACAGCUGGUAAUAUGUUUUUGGUAAAUCUAGAUGAAUCGAAUCGGCGACCUUCUAUAACUGCACAGCAGGGACAAGGACAGCCCGCAACGACGAUAGUGUCGGCUUCGGCUUCACCGGCAACGAACGGUACAAACUUGAUAAUCAAUGUUGGUAAUGGUGGUAAUGUUGUAAUUGAAUCUUCUCCACAUCAACAAGAAUACAAAGGCUUGCUACGUAAUGAUGCAUUGCAAAAGAUUGCAUGUAAUGAUAUAAAAAACGUAAAAAUAGAGCCCGAGCCAAUGGAGACUGAGCCGACUCCUGUCUCCUCCCAACUACCAGAGAAACGUUCUAUCGAUCAGCAGCAAACGCAGCAUCAUAAGUCUCCUGGAUUGCAAGAAAACAAACCCCCUCAACAGACCACCACUGACAUGCUUUCAUCCGCUAUUAGGAAAGAUUCACAUUCCACGACCUCCAAUAAUAAGGAUUCGUCCAAUUCUGCAAAUACAGAAAACAAUGAUUUGACCUCGACAACUGGGAGGUUAGAGGAUUUAUCCAGAGACCAGAUCCUGCUUAGGAUUGGGAAAUAUGAGCAUGAUGAUCUCACAAACGAUCAGCUACUUGCAAAAUUACGUGGAUUGAUGCGAAGCAGUAGAGAUGCUAGUGGAAAGAACAUGAACGAGAGGAAAACGUCGAGAUCGACUUCUUCAAGACGGUCGUCCGAUUCCGAUGUCACGCGAACAGACGACGUGGACCUACCACUGACUCCCGUUGAACCAAUGGAAGACGUUCAACCGGUAUCUUCCAAUAUAUCGCGUGGUGGCGAAGCUACAGCUGACGCGACUUCGGGGACGCAUUCCACCACAGGCUCGAAACAAGAAGACGACAGCAGAAGGGAUUCUCACAAGUGUCGUUGGCGAAACUGUACCAUGGCAUUCCCGACGUUGGAGUCUUUAAUAGAGCAUGUUGGUGAAACGCAUAUUGGAAGUGGAAAGGCGACUUACUCAUGCAACUGGGAUGGAUGUACACGAGGACCAAAACCUUUUACGAAACGCCACAAGAUGUAUAACCAUCUCAGGACCCAUACAGGUGAAAGGCCGUUCGUAUGUGACAAACCAGGAUGUGGAAAACGAUUUUCGCGUCCGGAUUCGCUUACUACUCAUGCGAAAACACAUUCGAAUGUACGGCCUUUUGUUUGUAAUCAUAAAGGGUGUGGGAAAGCGUAUUAUCACUCACGGUCACUGAGAAAGCACGAGAAAACGCAUGAUCAAAGGUCACAAGCGCACCAAAUUCCGUCGGUCAAUCAUGCUGCGCAUUCAAUUUCCAGCCUGCAAAUUAACUUUGCCCCACAGUCAAGAAUAUUCUCAUCGUCACAUGGAGGCGCCGGUGCACAAUCAUCUUCAAUGUAUACUCACAGGCCACCUACAUUUGAAUCGGUUUCGGGUGGAAUGACGAAUGGGCCAAGAGAUAUCCGUCCUUCCGGACUACCCGCUUCAAUGCAUCAUUUACCACCUUUACAGCUACAUCCACCUCCAUCGACCGUGCCAACUACAACAGGAGGUAACGGACCAUUCAGUUAUGGAAAUUCGCAGCCGCAAAAGUACGUGCCGCAGAUUACGUCACCGACGAAUCAUGCAAGAUCCGCGAAUUUCCCGUUCCAGUUGCAACCUCCGGAAAUGACUACACUUUCACCAAACGUCGUCCUCCUUCCCCAGACACAUCAAUUGGAAGCCUUGCUUACUUUGAUAAGAGACAAAACUACAUCCAGGGGAGAUUUCAUUUUCUACUCGGACAGAAUUAUUAGGCUUUUGGUGGAAGAAGGGUUAAAUCAUCUUCCCGUAGUCGAGAAGAACGUUACUACUCCUACAGAGAAAGAAUACGCAGGUGUUCAAUUCAAGGGUAAGAUAUGUGGUGUAUCUAUAAUGAGAGCUGGCGAGUCCAUGGAACAAGGGUUACGUGAAUGUUGUAGGAGCGUGAGAAUUGGAAAGAUCUUGAUACAGAGAGAUGAAGAUACGGCAAAGCCCAAGCUCUAUUAUGCCAAGCUCCCAAAUGACAUUGAUAAACGCUAUGUGCUUUUACUGGAUCCAAUGCUGGCAACGGGCGGAUCGGCCAUCAAAGCAAUAGAAGUGUUGCUUAAUCAUGGUGUAAAGGAAAAUAAAAUAUUAUUUCUUAAUUUGCUUGCAUCUCCUGAAGGCAUAAAAGCAGUAACGAGUAAACAUUCCGCAUUAAAGAUCGUUACUGCUUGCGUGGAUGAAGGGCUAGAUGAAAAGAAAUAUAUUAUACCAGGUCUUGGUGAUUUUGGCGACCGUUACUUUACCCUUCCCUAA